AGCAAACAGUCCGGACGGAACAGAACCCGUGACGUAGGCGGUCACCAUUCUACUGUGCGGACAAUCAAUAAACAUCUUCUGCAAAGUGACAACAAACCCAUAUAUCCAGCAUUUUUGAGGAUAUUAAAUACAGUGAUGGACUCUAAAGCGACCAUAGGGGGGUUCAUCAGUACUCUGACUGAGAUGGGCUUCAGUGAGGAUCAGAUACAGGCAGCAAUGCAGGCCGGAUUCUUCUCCGUUCCAGAAGCGGCUGAAUGGCUUUUGCAGGGUGGGAGUCCCCGGCAUAAACUAGUCAAGCAGCCUUCAGGUCCUUUAGAGACGGUGUUUUCUGCGUUCAACCCUCCCAAAGACGCCCUCUGCUCCGAGAGCAACUCAAAGUCCGAAGCAACAGGUCCUUCGCUGGUCUUGGCACCUCCUUCGGGGAACGCUCCGACGGCAAAAGAGCACCCACCCCUGGAAACACGGAUCAAGCAGGAUAAGAGUAAUUUCCACGAGCAGCAGAGGCAGAAAGUGGCUCAAGAGGCGCGGGCGGAAAGGAGACAGAAGAAACAGGAGCGUGAGUUGGUAUUAAAGAGGAUAGCGGAGGACCGGCGCAGUCAGCAGGAGAAGGCCCAAAGUGAAGCCACGGCCGAGACGUCUCCAUCAAGUGGACAGGGACAGAGGCUGGGCGGACGUGUGGAAACCAGUUUGGACAACCACUGCAUCCUCAUGAUUCGUCUUCCCUCUGGGGAAUCAAUGCGCGAGAGAUUUCCUGCAGACACUCCCUUAAGUCACGUCGUCCAAUACAUUGCGGGCCGCCACCCUUCACUACCUGCUUUUUCCCUCCUGCAAGGAUUUCCUCGAAAGCGCUUUGGGGAAGCUGAACUGACGUGCUCCCUCAGGUCUCUGGGACUGACUCCCAACGCUGCACUUUGCAUACAGACCACGCCCCCUGAGACGCCUCAGGACCCGCCCAGUCCAGCAUCCCUAUUGGUCGUUGAAGGUCAGGUGGAGGCGGAGCCACAGGAAGAGCCGGUGCUGCCACCAAACGAGCAACCCCAGGUGGAGGCCGGCGCUUUAGAGGAACUGGAGGUGCCUCCACCUCUGCCCCAUCAGCUGUGGGAGGAGGCAGUGGGGUACGCUGGGAUUCCUGGGGUCGGACCUCCGCUCUCAGGACCCUCUCAUUACUGGGGACGAGGCCAUAAACUGGUGCAAGGCGAUGCAGAAAAUGAAGAACAUUUGGAAAACGAGGAGCAACCCGAAGAAGAGGUUGCACCUCCAUUUCAUCUUAACGGACUGCCACGGUUGCCCUUUUUCCUGGAGAACAGGGCAAGAGCGGGACUGGAGACGAGACAUCACUGGCCGGAGCAGGGCAACAGACUCAGGGAGGCGGAGCCAGAUGAGCCGGCAGACCCUGAGGAAGGCCGAGCGUUGCGUGGAGCCGCGGGUCAAGCGGCGGUCGAGCGUUUACAGCGAGCCGCUCAUCACGACGAGCAGCAGUCACCACACGGGCAUCCCUCGCCCCUUAAAAAAGCCUUCAAGACCCCCCGAGUGCCCUCUCUCUGCUCGAUGGCCACCAGGGCCACCGUCUCCCUCAUGACAGCUCCCAGCAUGCAGUACAGCAGCAGCCUGGCGUGUUUGACUCCGGAGUUGGCCGAACUCCUGUUGGCUCAUAUGGCACGCGAACGUCUCCUCCGCCCGAGGACACUCGAGCUGUUCUUCGGCUGCCCGCUGCAGAAGUUUGUCCUAAACUGCUACCCGUACACCACUAACGAGCUGCUGCGGCAACUGAGGGCGUUUUCCUGUCUCAAACAUCUCAGCUUCGUCAACUCUCCACUCAUCACAGAUGCAGGUCUUUCGGUUCUGUCCAACCUCUCAAAACUGCAGCAUCUCAAUCUGUCGUCUUGUAGCAAACUAACCGACAGCUGUUUGCAGCAUAUCGCAGGGCUGCGCAGCCUGACGUUCCUGGCUCUGGACCAGACCAAAGUAAGCGAUGCGGGUCUGCUGAUGUAUCUGCAGUCGGGUUCUUCUGCGCUGUGUCAGCUCAGUCUCAAUCAGACGGCCAUCACAGAGAGCACACUGAUAGUGCUGCCCACAUGUGUACCACAGCUGCGAAUGCUCAGUAUUAAACACACCAAGGUGAGUGACGUGUCCGCACUCGCAGAGCUCCGAAACCUGCAGACGCUUCACCUAGACGGCACAGGAGUACGAGAAAAUACUCUCCAGUGCCUAGCAACCCACCCCAGCCUAUCAGCUCUCAGCCUGGCCGGCAUUCCGGUCGCCGACGGAAACCACACGCUGGAGAUUAUUUCAGGCCUGAGGCUGACCCAGCUCACCCUGCCUGGCAGACACUCUGUGACGGACAGCGGGCUUGUGUUUCUCUCCAGACAGACUUUACUCUUAGAGCUCGACCUGACGGACUACACUCAGCUCACUGACCACGGCAUUACCCAGCUUGCCAGCAUGACCAGGCUGAAGAAGCUGUCUCUUAGCAACACUCAGGUGAGUGACAGCGGGCUGCAGGGACUGAUUAGUCUAAAAGAGCUCCAGGAGCUGUGUCUCGACCGUACAGCCGUCACCAGCAGAGGCGUCGCAGCCCUGAUCACACAAUUACCACAUCUGCAGGUGAUGGGUUUGGCCAGUACACAGGUGGGAGACACGGUGAUCAGACGAGGUCUGGUUCACUGUCCACAGCUGCUGAAACUCAACCUCAGCAGAACCAGAAUCACAGAUCACGGUCUGAAGUUCCUGUGUCGUAUGCAGCUGAGUCAGGUGAACCUGGACGGCACGGGCGUAACUCUCGUCGGCAUUGCUAACCUGAUCUCGGCCUGCCCUCACCUGACCAGCGUACGAGCCAGCCAUACCCGCGCCAUUCCUCCAGACCAGCAGUCCGACGACGACGACGACGAUAACGCCAACAACUCCACGCGACCCUAGACGUUUGCUACCCUUCAGCUGUUUCUCAGAGGGCAGAUUAUUCAGAGCUUCCUUUUUUUCCCAUAAGUAGCACUACAAUCUUGGGUUCGACAAUCAAGUUGAAAUACGUUUUUCGAACGCGGUUAAGCGGCGUAAUGAACGUACCUAACCCGACUUGAAACGUGCCAUGAAUAUGCACACUUCGAAUUUAUAUUUUCCGUGGGCAUUUUGCAUUUUUAGUCAAAUUAAAUAGCAUUUAAAAAUACUUACGACUCGCGUACAAAAAAAAAAAAACGAUGCUCAAAUACUGAUAAUCAACAGUUUGCAUGACAGAUGUAGAAGUAUUCGAAUCUUUUACAUUGUGUAUUAAGGAUUUGUGCAUGAACAUGCUAUUUUUAUUUUAAAUAAUGGGUGUUGAAGAAUGACACAUGGUUUUUACGUGGAUCUAUUUUGGAUAAAUGCAUCUGAAUGAUUAACUGAAGUGGAUUGGAAGUUGGCAUUUCGUUUAAUGAAGCCAGUGUUGUUUUACUGGCAUGUUACCGAAUCUAGCAGACGUUUUACUCCUACAUGUGCAUUCAUGUUGGAUGCGAGUAUAUUAGUAUAUCUUUUAAAUUAGAUUUACUGGCAUUAACCGGAUCCAGGUUUACUAACGUGCAUCUGUCCUUAACUUGCGUGAUUUUUUUUUUUUCAUAAGAUACAAAAAAGUUCCGAAACGCGAAAUACCAAACAAACGAAGAACAUCAUCACGUUGGCGUUCGACUGUUUCUGUAUGCGUUAGUGUCGUACCUUUAAGCGUUUGAAUGCAAUAACAUUUAAAAUACAAAAUCGUGAAGAUUUCAAUCGUAUCUGGGGAGGAAAAAAAAGCAAAAAAAAAAACCAUCUAAAUUCCAAACAUACCUCGAAUGCACGGUGCUGUUCUGUCUUGAUCUGACGCAAAGGUUUGUUGAAACUGUCAAACGCAUUCUUGUUGCCAACAGUUGUCCGGUCUGAAUUAAAAUGAGACACAAAAACCUGUUUUUUUACAUUCAGAACUCAGGAGCUAGUCAGUGUGGCAUCGUGAGCACGGUGGCGUCUUUUUCACCUUUAUUUAAAAUGUCACGAGUUUUCAGUGUGUAUGUUCCCACGACCCCAAAAUAAGUAUGUAACCGUUAACCCGCUGAAUGCCGUUUAAUGUGUUCGAAAUUGUAACAUCUGUGCAGGUAAACACACUCAUUAAACAACUCAUUAAAAGCUUUAAUUCUGUCAUCAUUUGCUUAUCCUCAAGUAGUUCCGAAUCUACAAAUUGAUAAAAGUGUGUUUCCAGGCUGUUUUGGGUCACCAUUGACUUCCAUAGUAUUUUUCAUUUCUACUAUGGAAGUCAAUGGUGACCCAAAGCAAAGAAAUUCAUACAGGUUUAUAACUACUUGAGGGUGAAUAAAUGAAUUCCAAUUUUUGGGUGAACUAUUUCUUUUGAGCCUACUAACACAUAUUCACAAACUCCACCUCUUUAAUGUGUAAAGUAUGACACCGCUCGUAUUAGAUGCAUGUUGUACAGUAAAUUCAUUCAGUCCGCUCCACCUUUGUACAGUUUAUUUUGCAGUUAACUAGGAUGGUCUAAAACUAUUUUAUACUUUAGGUUUACAACGUUAAUAAAAGCUACAUUUUGCAAUGGU